AUUUCGCGCGUCAUUCACUUUACUGGUCAAUUACAGCAGAUAAGAACACAGACUAGCAGACUACCCCCUCGAUAAGAAUGAUCAAUGAUCAUUGAUCAGCAAUGAUCAGUUUAUAAUUUCUGUAAUUAUUUCGGGUGGCAAAAAUUAAGCACGAGUGAGUACAUGCACCACUUAUCAUCGUCUAAUCUGCUGCAAACUGUUGCUAUUUUAAAAAAAAUGCAGUUUAUGACGUAAAAAUGUUAGGUUAGGUCUCUGACAUUCCUGGAACCGUUAGAGGGUGAGACGGUUAUUUUCAAUUUUUACACUACUCUAACGAAAUUCUAGACACUAAAAUGCCAACUUUCGAGUAUUCGAAAGCGUUAACAGAAUGGGGAAGAUCGUCGUGGAAAAACGUGCACACCUGUAAACUGUGCCCCUAUUUCACAACAUCAAUUUUGUGUAUGGUGAACCACGUCAAACGACACCGUUUUCCUGUGGAAAAAUUCACAUGCACAAACGCUGAAAUUGACUUCUACCACUGUAUAGACUGUGAUUUUAAAACGGAACUAACCAUUCUGUUCAAACAACACGUCGCUAAAUAUCACGGCCUUAAGACAGAAUCUAGUGAGGACUUCUGUACACAAAACUACGUUUGCGAAAAGUGCAACUUUGAAACAAACUUCUCGUUAAAGUGGUUUCAACAUAUUUCAACAUGCACUGUAACGAAGGAAAACCUUGAAAGUGUGAAUUCCGACGAAAUACGUUGGUAUUACUGUGCGCAAUGUUCGUACAAAUCCAAACUCAAAGUUUACUUAAAACGUCACAUUCAGAAUAGCCAUGCAGCCAAGCGUUUUACGUGUGACAAGUGUUCAUAUAAAACUAGACAUAAACGAGGUUUAAAAUACCACAUAGAUCGAGUCCACUUAGGUCUAAUAGAUGAUAAGUCGUGGAAUUGCGAGAAAUGUCCUUUCAAAACCAGAACAAGGAACAAUUUAAAAUUACACAUGUAUAACAUGCACUCGAACGAAGACGAAGUUAAAUGGUACGAAUGCCCUGACUGUACAUUCAAAACUAAGCAAAAAAAUUAUUUACAGACGCACGUAAACGCAAAACAUCUAGACGAAGAAGAAGUUACGUGGUACGAAUGUGAACAGUGUCCAUUCAAAACAAAAAUCGCGAACGGUUUAAGAAAUCAUGUAAUUUGUCGACAUUCGGAGAAGAGAGAAUUUAAGUGGCACCAUUGUGCGACCUGUUCAUAUAAAUGUAAAACGAGGAAUCAAUUAAAGCUGCAUUUAAUUCGCCACCAUUCAGAUACGAAAUCAUUUCAGUGCAACUAUUGCUCAUAUAACACUAAACAGGAACAUUAUUUAAAAAGACAUAUAACGAACUGCCACUCGGAUGGAAAGGAUGUUGAAUGGUACACAUGCGAACAGUGUCCAUUUAAAACCACAGUGAAAAACGGUUUAAAAACACAUACAGAUGCCGUUCACUUGAAAAAAGACAUUGAUAAACCGUUUAAAUGCAAAGAGUGUGAAUUCAAAACUACGAAUCAAAAAAAUUUAAGGAUACACAUCAAUAGAAACCAUUUAGACGAAAACAAAAGUAAAAGGUACGAAUGCGCACAUUGUCCCUACAAAACUGUGAACUCGUCGCAUUUAAAACGUCACGUGGUUUCUAAACACCUGGACGACGAAAAAGUCGAGUGGUACGAUUGCAAAGAGUGUCAAUACAGAACUAAGAGAAAAAUCCUUUUAAACUUGCACAUAAGGUCGAGACAUUUAGAUGAAGAAGAAAUUGAUUGGCACGAAUGUCAAAUUUGUACGUUCAAAAGUAAACGAGCGCAGGGCUUAAAACAGCAUGUAGCUUCUCAACACACCGCUGAAGAAGAAAUCAAGUGGCACGAAUGCGGAGAGUGUCCUUUCAAAACUAAGUACCAGAGACAGUUAAAGAACCACAUAACGAGAAAACAUCGAGAUGAAGAAAAAAUUUAGUGGUACGAAAAACCAAGGACGGUGUGAAUGUACGAACUGUUUUUAUAAAAGUAACUAAAAUUCUGUUGAGAAGGCAUUGCUUUGUACACUAUGUUUUAUCUUUUUAUUAAAACUUUGAAAAACAA